AUGUCCAACUUCGACGAUAUCGCUGGACAAGCAGCUUGCAAAACACCGUGGGGCAGAUGGUGGCAAACGAUCGAAGAGGUAUUCAUUGAAAUUGAACUCAAGGAGAAAACUCGUGGCAAGGACAUUGCUGCCAACAUCUCUCCAAUGACGAUCGAAUUCCAAUUUCAUGAUAGUACGCUGCUUCAAGGUGAACUCAGUGAUAAAGUCAUUGCCUCCGAGAGCACAUGGACAAUAGAGGAUGGAAAGCUUCUACGCAUUUUGUUAGUAAAGGCGAAUCAAGAUGCGGCGAACUGUUGGCGAAGUUUGAUGAAGGACGGAAGCUACAAGGCUGAUCCUGCGACCUUUGAUGAAAUGCAGAAGAAAAUGACACUGCAACGUUUCCAAUUUGAGAAUCCGUCAUUUAACUUCUCUGAUGCGAAAAUCAGUGGAAAUUAUCACGGAGGCGGACCUAAGUACUCUACUUGA